AUUAAAUCUGAAGUUCGAUUCCUUUAUACAUCUCACUUGCCAAAAGAGAAAAUACUUUCCACCAUUUCUUUGUAACCCCGAUUCCUCGAUCGCUUUUUUCGCCUCUUUUGCACCAUAACUUCUCUAAAUCGUCUCCGAAUUUAACUCCAACGAUGCCGAUGUUAUAGUUCGGCGGACUUUUUUCAACUUUGGAUUUAUGUGUUAACAUUAGUAAAAAUGUUCAAAUGUAGUUCAAAGCCUCAUUUCAUGAGGUUGGAUGAUCUAGAUUCAAGAUCAUCAUCAUCACCCGCUUCCUCACUUGCCAUAAACAAACAUGGAUUCAAAGGACUUAAAUCAAUAGGCCAAUCACUUAAACUCGGUGUAACUCGUGCUAUAUUUGCUGAAGAUCUUAAAGUCUCAGAGAAAAAGAUCUUUGACCCUCAAGAUAAAUUCCUUCUAACAUGGAACAAAUUCUUUGUUGUUUCUUGUAUUUUAGCCGUAUCAUUGGACCCACUUUUUUUCUAUCUUCCGGUUUUUGAUCAGUCUAAAACUUGCCUUGGUAUAGACCAAAAUUUAGCUAUUAUAGCUACAACGAUUCGAACCUUUGUUGAUUCUUUUUAUCUUAUUCACAUGGCUCUUCAAUUUAGAACUGCUUUCAUUGCUCCUUCAUCUCGAGUUUUUGGAAGGGGUGAACUUGUGAUAGAUCCUACACAAAUAGCUAAAAGAUACUUGAAGUGGUAUUUUAUUAUUGAUUUUCUUGCUAUCUUGCCCCUACCACAGAUUAUUAUUUGGAAAUAUCUACAUGGGUCUAAAGGUGCAGAUGUACUCUCUACAAAACAAUCACUAUUUUUUAUUGUGUUACUUCAAUAUAUCCCAAGAUUUGCACGAAUUGUACCUUUGACUUCUGAAUUAAAAAGGACUGCUGGUGUCAUUGCUGAAACUACAUGGGCUGGUGCUGCUUAUUAUUUGUUGUUGUACAUGCUCGCUAGUCACAUAGUUGGGGCCUUUUGGUACAUAUUGUCAGUAGAGCGAAAUGAUACAUGUUGGCAAAUGGCUUGUGAACGAAGUGGUCAUGAUGUAAAUUUGUUGUAUUGUGGAAACAACCACGUGCCAGGGUACAACAACUGGAGCAGUAUCAGUAACUCAGUAUUAACCGAAGCUUGCACGCCAGAUGGCGAUAAUCCGCCGUUUGAUUUUGGGAUUUUCGGGCAGGCUUUGUCUUCGGGCAUCGUUUCGUCAAAUAAGUUUGUAUCAAAGUACUUGUACUGCUUGUGGUGGGGCCUGCAAAAUUUGAGUACUCUCGGCCAAGGGCUUCAAACGAGCACGUAUCCCGGAGAGUCUAUAUUUUCGAUUACACUAGCAAUUUCAGGGCUCAUUCUCUUUGCCCUCUUGAUAGGCAACAUGCAGACAUACCUUCAAUCUCUUACUAUUCGUCUUGAAGAAAUGAGAGUUAAGAGACGUGACUCGGAGCAGUGGAUGCAUCACCGGUUACUUCCGCAAGAUCUUCGUGAGCGUGUAAGACGUUACGAUCAGUACAAGUGGUUAGAAACUCGUGGAGUGGAUGAAGAAAAUUUGGUUCUGAGUUUACCCAAGGAUUUGAGACGCGACAUAAAGCGUCAUCUUUGUCUCUCUUUGGUCAAAAGGGUUCCUUUGUUUGAGGACAUGGACGAGAGAUUGUUGGAUGCGAUUUGUGAACGAUUAAAACCAUGUUUAUGCACCGAUAACACUUACAUUGUAAGAGAAGGUGACCCUGUUGAUGAAAUGUUGUUCAUAAUCCGAGGUCGCCUCGAGAGUGUAACAACUGAUGGAGGGAGAACUGGAUUUUUCAACCGGAGUUUAUUGAAAGAAGGAGACUUUUGUGGGGAGGAGCUUUUGACAUGGGCACUCGAUCCGAAAUCUGGUUCAAACCUUCCUUCUUCAACUAGAACUGUAAUGGCCUUGAGGGAGGUGGAGGCGUUUGCGUUAAAGGCUGAUGAGUUGAAAUUUGUUGCUGGCCAGUUUAGGCGGCUACACAGUAGACAGGUGCAGCAUACUUUCAGAUUUUAUUCACAGCAGUGGCGGACUUGGGCGGCGUGUUUUAUUCAGGCGGCUUGGCGGCGGUAUUGCAGGCGGAAGAUGCUCCGGCGGAAGGAGGAAGAAGAGGUGGAAUUGGAUGGUGGUGGUGAUGGUGAUGGAGGUUCUCGCAGCCUUGGUGUUACGUUCUUGGUGUCGAAGUUUGCAACGAAUGCUGUUCGUGGGGUUCACCGGAAUCGGAAUCGGGAUGGGGACAGGGAGCGGAAUCUGAAUAUGAGGAGGGAAUUGGUCAAUUUACCGAAACCCCCUGAACCUGAUUUUAGUGCUGAUGCUGAUUAGUUUUUUGGGUGUUAAUAUAUUAUAUAUAUAUACUUGUUUACAUGUGCAAUUGUACGUGGGUUAU